CGUGAGAGUGUGCGAGUGUGUUUGGUUUCGGAAGGGAGUGGAAAGCCCUCCGCGACACAGUGUCACUCAUAUAAUGUGACACAGGGAGGGGACAGGGGGAGAGAGAGAGCGAGGGUUCGUAUCGGUUGUGGCUACAGAACACUGGGAAAAAGGCAAUGCACGCGCGCACCGUCGCCUAGGCUACCGUCGGUGCCGUUAUCUAGCCUUCUGAAUGAAGGAUUGAAGCUGAAGAUUCCCAAAGGUUUUCCUCCCGGAGAAAACAGAAACAAUAUUUGUUUGUUUUUUCUCUCUCUCUCUGUCUCUCUCUCUUUCUCUCUCUCUCUGUCUCUCUCUCUUUCUCUCUCUCUCUUUCUCUCUCUCUGUCUCGCUCCUCCAUCCUUCUUUCAGGUCUCUGAGGAUGUGUCAGAACUGAGCUGUCUGUCAUUGAGAAGAAGCUGAUAAAUGAAAAUCAGAGCUGGUGUCAGAAGUUGACAAGACAGAGGACACGGAAAUUGAAAGACACAACGCUAAGACCAUUGUUAUGUCUGCCUAAAGUAACCUUACACAACGAAGCGGAUCGUAAAGACCGAGACCGGAAUCCUCAUCGCCACGAGACCUGCCGUGACCAGCGGAUCACAGGUGCAAGCACUCGUACACCGGAGAGAAACGAGACGUCGCUGGAGGAAUACGGUUUCAAGUGUGUUCUAAAACACAGAAGGAUCAUGUCACGCCUACAUCUCCACCUCUCCUCCCUCUGUUCCUCCUCUCUCUCCUCUGUCCUUCUCCUAGUCUUCCUCUCCUCCAUGCUCCUCCUGUCCCUCCCCAGUCUGGCCGCGGCCGGUUCCACUCCUCUAUCAGAGGGGGGUAACGUAAAGGCUAACUGCACGGCUACAGGAGACCCCUGUCAGGAGGGGGUGGUACUGCCCGUCUGGAACCCACAGAACCCCUCUGUAGGAGACAAGGUAGCGCGGGCCAUUGUCUACUUUGUAGCGAUGAUCUAUAUGUUCCUGGGGAUGUCCAUCAUAGCUGAUAGAUUCAUGUCUUCUAUAGAGGUGAUAACCUCUCAGGAGAAGGAGAUCACCAUAAAGAAGUGGAACGGGGAGACAACCACAGCUACAGUGAGGAUCUGGAAUGAGACCGUGUCUAACCUCACUCUCAUGGCUCUGGGGUCAUCUGCUCCUGAGAUACUGCUCUCUGUUAUAGAGGUGUGUGGCCACGGCUUCGAGGCUGGUUCUCUGGGUCCCUCCACCAUUGUGGGCAGUGCUGCUUUUAACAUGUUCAUCAUCAUCGCCCUGUGUGUCUAUGUGGUUCCUGACGGAGAGACCAGGAAGAUUAAACAUCUCCGCGUGUUUUUCGUGACCGCGGCAUGGAGUGUGUUUGCAUACAUCUGGCUGUAUCUUAUCCUGUGUGUGUUCUCUCCUGGAGAGGUGGAAGUCUGGGAGGCCGUGGUCACCUUUCUGUUCUUCCCCCUCUGCGUGGUCCAGGCGUGGGUGGCCGAUCGACGAUUGCUCUUCUACAAGUACGUCCGCAAGCGUUACCGUGCCGACAAGCACAGAGGCAUCAUCGUUGAGACGGAGGUAGGGAUGGACGGAGGGAUGGGAGGAGGAGGAGGAGGAGGAGGGAUGUUGGGGCCGGGUGGGUUCACUAAGAUGGACAUGAUGGAGCUGGACGGACAGGUGGUGGAGGGAUGGAGGGACGGAGGGAUGCUGGAGGACGGAGUACAAGAAGGGAGGAGGGAUGUGGAGGACGUGGCCAGGAGAGACAUGGCGAGGACCCUGAAGGAGCUGAAAGCCAGACACCCUGAUAGAGACACAGAGCAGCUUAUAGAGAUGGCCAACUACCAGGUGUUGGUCCAGCAACAGAAGAGCCGAGCGUUCUACCGUAUCCAGGCAACCAGGAUGAUGAUCGGAGCAGGCAACAUCCUGAAGAAGCAUGCUGCUGACCAGGCUAGGAAGGUGGUGAGCAGCCAGGAGCCCCACCUGCAGGAAGACGACCCCCACAUGACCCGGAUGGAGUUUCAACCCUCCCACUACCAGUGCUUUGAGAACUGUGGCUCACUCAAACUGACCGUGGCCCGACAUGGCGGAGACCCUGGAGCUUCUGUUAAGGUGGACUACCGAACAGAAGACGGCACAGCCAACGCUGGUUCAGACUAUGAAUUCGCUGAAGGGACCCUGCUCUUCAAGCCGGGCGAGACCCUGAAAGAGAUAACUGUGGGCAUCAUAGACGACGACAUCUUCGAAGAGGAUGAGUAUCUCUACGUCCACCUCAGUAACCCUCGUGUGGUUGGCUACGACCCGUUGGAGACAAACUCUAACUCCUCCCCCAAGGCGGUGCUCGGUGACGGCCACACGGCGACGGUGACCAUCUACGACGACGAUCACGCGGGGAUAUUUUCGUUUGAGAUCGACGCCCUGCGGGUGAGCGAGAGUGUUGGGGUCAUGGAGGUCAAGGUUCAGAGGACGUCGGGGGCUCGGGGGCUGGUGGUGGUGCCUUACAGGACCAUAGACGGGACAGCCCGGGGUGGAGAGGAUUUCGAAGAGGUGUCCGGGAAUCUGGAGUUCCAGAAUGACGAGACGAUGAAGAUAAUCGAGGUGAAGAUUAUUGAUGAUGAGCUUUAUGAAAAGAACAAGACCUUCACAAUGGAGCUGGGGGAACCGCUACUUCUGGAUGCUGGCCAAAAACACGGCGACUCCAAUGAGAACAAGCCGACGGAUGACGAGGUGGCCAAGAUGGGCUGUCCCAGUCUAGGAGAAAACACACGGAUAGAGGUGGUCAUCGAAGAGUCAUACGAGUUCAAGAACACAGUAGAUAAGCUGAUCAAGAAGACUAAUCUUGCGUUGGUGGUGGGAAGCUGCAGCUGGAGAGAGCAGUUUGUCUCUGCCGUCACUGUCAGCGCAGGUGAUGAUGAUGAUGAGGAGAGUGGUGAAGAGCGUCUCCCGUCCUGUUUUGACUACAUCAUGCACUUCCUCACCGUCUUCUGGAAAGUUCUGUUUGCCUUUGUCCCUCCGACAGAGUACUGGAAUGGCUGGGCCUGCUUCAUCGUCUCCAUCAGUCUCAUCGGAGUUCUGACGGCUGUAACAGGAGACCUGGCCUCUGCCUUCGGCUGCACUGUGGGUCUGAAGGACUCUGUCACUGCAGUGGUGUUUGUAGCACUAGGGACCUCUGUACCAGACACCUUUGCCAGUAAGGUGGCCGCCAUCCAGGACCAGUACGCCGACGCUUCCAUCGGCAACGUAACCGGUAGCAACGCCGUGAACGUCUUCCUUGGGAUCGGAGUGGCGUGGACCAUCGCCGCCGUGUUCUGGCGUUCCAAAGGCCAGGUGUUUCGUGUCGACCCGGGCUCGCUGGCGUUCUCCGUCACGCUCUUCACGGUGAUGGCGUGCAUAUGCGUGAUGAUCCUCCUCUACCGACGGCGAGCGUCAGUGGCGGGCGGGGAGCUCGGAGGGCCGAGGACGACCAAGAUCAUCACAUCACUGGUCUUCUUCUUCAUGUGGCUGAUCUAUAUAUUGCUGUCAUCACUGGAGGCAUACUGUCACAUACCUGGGUUCUAGAGAGAGAGAGAUGGAGGGGCGAGGGAAGAGCGGAAGAGAGAAGGAUGGAGGGGUGGGUUGGGGGAGACAGAGAGGAGGAAUAGACACAGGGAGGGAACAAAAGGAAACCCACUCGGCGAAAACUGGUUGAAUCAACAUUGUUUCCACGUUGUUUCAACAACAACAAAAAAUGAAGCGUAAUGACGUUUAUUCAACGUGGGAAACGGAUUGGAUUUGCAACUUAAAUCCAAUGUCAUGGGGACAUUUUUUUGUCAGCCAAAUGUAAAUGAAAAGUAGAUGUUGAAUUGACGUCUGCGCCAGUGGGAAGGGAGGCAGGCAGAGAGGACAUGUUGGAAAGAGCAUUCUCCCUUUCUCCCUCUAACACUAGAGUCAGUAUUCUCUAUCUAACACUAGAGUCAGUAUUCUCUAUCUAACACUAGAGUCAGUAUUCUCCCUCUAACACUAGAGUCAGUAUUCUCCAUCUAACACUAGAGUCAGUAUUCUCCCUCUAACACUAGAGUCAGUAUUCUCCCUCUAACACUAGAGUCAGUAUUCUCCCUCUAACACUAGAGUCAGUAUUCUCCCUCUAACACUAGAGUCAGUAUUCUCCCUCUAACACUAGAGUCAGUAUUCUCUAUCUAACACUAGAGUCAGUAUUCUCCCUCUAACACUAGAGUCAGUAUUUUCCCUCUAACACUAGAGUCAGUAUUCUCCCUCUAACACUAGAGUCAGUAUUCUCCCUCUAACACUAGAGUCAGUAUUCUCUAUCUAACACUAGAGUCAGUAUUCUCUAUCUAACACUAGAGUCAGUAUUCUCCCUCUAACACUAGAGUCAGUAUUCUCCCUCUAACACUAGAGUCAGUAUUCUCCCUCUAACACUAGAGUCAGUAUUCUCCAUCUAACACUAGAGUCAGUAUUCUCCAUCUAACACUAGAGUCAGUAUUCUCCCUCUAACACUAGAGUCAGUAUUCUCUAUCUAACACUAGAGUCAGUAUUCUCCAUCUCAGUGAAAGCCUCUAACAUCCAACAGGUAGAGGUCAUAUCAGUGAAAGCCUCUAACAUCCAACAGGUAGAGGUCAUAUCAGUGAAAGCCUCUAACAUCCAACAGGUAGAGGUCAUAUCAGUGAAAGCCUCUAACAUCCAACAGGUAGAGGUCAUAUCAGUGAAAGCCUCUAACAUCCAACAGGUAGAGGUCAUAUCAGUGAAAGCCUCUAACAUCCAACAGGUAGAGGUCAUAUCAGUGAAAGCCUCUAAUCCAACAGGUAGAGGUCAUAUCAGUGAAAGCCUCUAACAUCCAACAGGUAGAGGUCAUAUCAGUGAAAGCCUCUAAUCCAACAGGUAGAGGUCAUAUCAGUGAAAGCCUCUAAUCCAACAGGUAGAGGUCAUCUCAGUGAAAGCCUCUAACAUCCAACAGGUAGAGGUCAUAUCAGUGAAAGCCUCUAAUCCAACAGGUAGAGGUCAUCUCAGUGAAAGCCUCUAAUCCAACAGGUAGAGGUCAUCUCAGUGAAAGCCUCUAAUCCAACAGGUAGAGGCCCCCUGCAUUACGACCCUCCUCUCCUCCUUCCUCUCUUUCCUUCCCUCGCUCACUCCGCCCAGCCUUAUUCUCCAAUAGACUGUAAACGUCUUAAUAUUGUCUUAAAGUGAUAGGCUAGUAGAGGACGUUAGACCACACCCCUUUCCCCGCCACCCUCGCUCCUGUUGAGCCAAUCCCAAGUCACCUUGCUCCCUAAGGAAGACCUUGCCCCUCCCACUUUUCGACGGCGUUGGUGUGUAGAUGUUGUUAUUGCGAAAUUGUAAAGAAAAUAAUAAAUAAUGAAAAUGAUGAUUAUUAUGAAGAAGUAUGUUAAAAACAUUGGAAUGACAGAGAAGAUGAUAUUAAAAGACUAAUUAUUAUGUGAGAACUGUA